AUGACAACAGACCUGUGUACAGAUGAUGUAGUUGUGCAUGUCACUUCACCGCAAAUUAUAACGGCGGAGAGCGUGUCGGCGGCGGGGGUGGGGGUGGUUCCGGCGUCGCGGGGCGCGGGCGCGGGGGCGGGCGGCGCGGAGCUCGGCCGCCACCUGCUGCUGGCCGCGCGCGCUGGCGACACGCAAGCCGUGCUCGACCUCAUGGCUAAAGGCGCGCCCUUCACCACCGACUGGUUGGGCACGUCACCACUACACCUUGCUGCAGCCAAUGCGCACGUGGAAACUUGCGCGGUGCUGCUACGUGCAGGUGUAUCACGUGAUGCGCGAACAAAAGUUGAGCGCACGCCGUUGCAUUUGGCGGCACAUGCGGGACAUGCGCGAGUCGUGCGUUUACUUCUUGAGCAUGGGGCCAAUGUCGAUUGCAGGGACAUGCUGCGCAUGACGCCGCUGCACUGGGCGGCGGCGCGCGGGCACGAGGCGGUGGCGCGCGAGCUGCUGCGGCGCGGCGCCGACGUGCGCGCGCGCUGCAAGUUCCGCAAGACGCCGCGCUGCCUCGCGCUGCGGGCCUGCGCCCAGCGCCUCGUGCGCCUGCUCGACGAGCACGAGCGCGCCGCCGACACGCAGCACCUGCCCGCCCACACGCAGCACGGCUUGCGCCCAGCGCCUCGUGCGCCUGCUCGACGAGCACGAGCGCGCCGCCGACACGCAGCACCUACCCGCCCACACGCAGCACGGUCAGUACACACACACAUACACACGCACGCACGCCGCAAGUUCCGCAAGACACCGCGCUGCCUCGCGCUGCAGGCUUGCGCCCAGCGCCUCGUGCGCCUGCUCGACGAGCACGAGCGCGCCGCCGACACGCAGCACCUGCCCGCCCACACGCAGCACGAUUCACUAAAGGAUGAAACAUCAGAGCUAAAAGAAUUCGAAACCGUACAACGAAUACAAGAAAUCAAUCCAACAAAAGUAAAACAGCAGCAGCAAGAAAAGACUAUUAGGAUAGAGGCGAAAAGUGAGGGCCGAAAUGGGGGAGCGGAGGCUUUGCUGCGACGGCACGGCAUUACUCUGCUCCCGACUGACGACGGCAGCACAGUGCUGAGCGCGCUGCAGAGUGGACGCACCGUCGUGCUCUCUGACGCGGGGAAACUGAUGUUAAAAGAGAGCGGCGCUUUAAACACCUCAGUCAAUUCAGCUCCGAAAAGCAGCACAAGUGGAGCAAACGUUACAAGUAUAGGGAUCGUUAGUAAUACGGGUGGCAUUAGUAAUGCUAGGGUCAGUACCUCAGUGGGUGCUGGCUCCACGGGGGGCACUAGUGCGGCCGUGGUUGGCGCGGGGGGUACGGUGUCAGUGGGGGGCGUAGGGGGUUCAGGAGGAGUAGUUUUGACUGCGAAGGCGGUCAAGUCUCUCCCGCGAGCCGGUCCCAAGGUGUUCACGCUGAACGGCCUCACCAGCCUCGCCAACUUAUCAACCACACCGAUCCGGAGAGUCAUCAACCCACGGGAUUUGCAGCAAGUGAAGAUCGUGAAACUACCCCCUGACGCCACAAUUAUAUCUCCCUCCAAAGUGUUGCCUUUGAAAGCGAAAAAGAAAAUCUCCCAACGGACCCCCGUCAAGAUCGUUAUGAACAAGAGUAACUUCGAGAAACUUAUUGCGAAUGCGAAUAAGGCAACAGUGACGAGUGCAGCGAGCGAAGUUAGUAGUUCCGGGUUGGUCGGGCAAGGUGUGAGCGGGGGCAGUGGUGAAGUUAUGUUAGGGGAGAGCGUGGGCGAUGAGGAGCUGGGGGAGGUGGGGGAGGAGGGGGGCGGGGUGUGUACGCGCUGCCGGGCGUGCGCGUGCGGCGGCGCGCUGCGGCUGGAGGCGGCGAAGCGUGCAGUACGUCGCCUCGCGACAGAACUGCGUGCUGUACGCACUGCACACACGCAAUGA